AUGUGGUGGAACGGGCCCUCGUUCCUCCAAUGUACCGAGGAACAGUGGCCUGCAAGGGUGGGGGUUGCGUUGUCGCCUGAUCUGCCCGAACAGAAACGAGUGAUUGCCGCAGUGGCAUCGGUAGAUCCGUCAAUUAUACUAUUGUUAUUAAAUAAGUAUUCAGACAUGAAUAAGAUAUUAACUAUUGUGGCCUACUGCCUGAGGUUCAUACAUUCGCGUCGACUCAAGGCUAAAAAAUUAUUCAUAUCUCAUCACGAGAUGGCAGCAGCCUUAAGGGUUGUUGUACGAGCUGUGCAACGAGAAACUUUUCCCAAAGAAUAUCGAUUGUUGAGCGGGGGUCGGGGCGUCAGCGGAUCGAGUCGCGUCUUGUCACUAACACCGUUUUUAGACAAGGACGGAAUAAUUAGAGUGGGAGGUCGAAUAGGAAAUUCGGCACUGCCAUAUGACGCGCGACACCCAAUGCUUUUGCCGAAGAGUCACACUCUUACUGCGCUCAUUAUACGCAGGGAACAUAUUAGAAAUCUACAUUCGGGCUUACAAGCCACAUUGCAUGCUGUGCGUCAACGAUUUUGGCCUCUAUCGGCACGCUCGAUUGUGCGGAAGAUUAUACGUAACUGCGUGACGUGUUUUAAAUGUAAGCCAAUUGCAUCGCAAGCGUUGAUGGCAAAUUUGCCCAAGAAUCGCGUAACAAUUUCUCGGCCGUUUACACACACAGGUGUAGACUAUGCCGGCCCGAUUUUUGUAAAGGAGGGCAAAAGACGCAACGCCAAGUUGCAUAAGGCUUACAUUUCGGUUUUCAUAUGUUUUGCGACCAAGGCUAUACAUCUGGAGCUAGUGAGCGACCUCACAUCCGAGGCAUUUUUAGGCGCAUUUAAAAGAUUUAUUUCGCGUAGAGGCAAGUCGGCACACAUGUUUUCGGACAACGGCACCACCUUCGUCGGCGCCAAUAAGCAAAUUAAGGAAUUAUAUCAAUUUAUAAGGGACGAGCAAGCACAGCAUGCAAUAAAAAAUUUCAUGCGUUCUAAUGAGAUUGCGUGGAGUUUCAUACCGCCUCAUGCUCCGCAUUUCGGAGGCUUAUGGGAAGCGGGAGUAAAAUCAGCGAAAUAUUAUAUGUAUCGCGUGGUGGGUAACGCAAAUCUCACUUUCGAGGAGAUGCAGACCGUGUUAUGUGAGAUUGAGGCGGUCCUGAAUUCGCGACCUUACACCUCUGAGCGAGGAUCCAAACGAUUUAUCUUGCGUAACGCCGGGUCAUUUUCUGAUUGGUGCAGAAUUGAGCAGCUUUCCAGUUUCAGAUUUGACAGAAGAAAACGAAGGGCGACUACUACGAUGGCAACGAGUGGAGCAGGUUCGCCAACAUUUUUGGAGGCGUUGGAGCGCCGAAUAUUUACAUACCCUCAUUGA